GUCGCCGUGCGCAUGCGCCUGGGCGGAGGGCGCCGUCGCACGCUUGCCAUCCCCUCUAUUAUUCCUUUCUCGGCCCCCUGCAGCUCCCUGGUCGGCGCUUGCACGGAGGACUCAGCGCCGAGGUUGCCGAGUUGGUGCCAGGAUUGUCUAAAGCGUCAGGGAAAAUGGUGGAAAAUUCACCGUCGCCAUUGCCAGAAAGAGCGAUUUACGGCUUUGUACUUUUCUUAAGCUCCCAAUUCGGCUUCAUACUGUAUCUCGUGUGGGCUUUUAUUCCUGAAUCUUGGCUAAACUCCUUAGGCCUAACCUAUUGGCCUCAAAAAUACUGGGCUGUCGCAUUACCUGUCUACCUCCUCAUUACUGUGGUGAUCGCUUACGUGCUCUUAUUUGGAGUUAACAUGAUGAGUACCUCGCCACUCGACUCCAUUCACACAAUCACAGAUAACUAUGCCAAAAAUCAACAGCAGAAGAAAUACCAAGAAGAAGCCAUCCCAGCAUUAAGAGAUAUUCCUAUUAGUGAAGUAAACCAAAUGUUCUUUCUUGCAACCAAAGAACAUUACACCAAAAACUGAAUUUAUGUAGACAUAUUAACACCAAGCAUUUAUUUAUAAGUUUUGACAUAAGAAUUUUAACUAAUUAUUUUGACUCUCUUAUUAAUAACUGGUAUUGAGAUUUUUUUUUAAAUGUAAUGUAAGUUGAACUCCUCUUAGAUUAAGUUCCGUUAAUAUUGUGAAUGUCCAUUAAUAAUACAAAUAAAAUACAUUACUAUAUACCAGACUUUUAAAAAAAAACAAAUACCAAUAUAAACAAGAAGUCCCUCCUGAGAGGCGUUUAUGUUAUAGCUCGCAAAGGGCAAUUGUGUCCCUACUUCUUUUUGCCUUUUGGGACCAGAAUUCAAACUCUUUAAAUGUGAGGGAACAGUACAUUUAAUAGUUGUAUCCUUGCCAUCCGAUUCAUGUCUAAGAUACAAAUAUUUAUUGAGUACUUAUUAUGUACCAGGUAUUUUUCUAGGCACUGGCUAUGUAGCAAUGAAAAGAUUCUCAGGAAGCUUACAUUUUAGAAGCAGGUUGAGACCGAACAAAUAAGCAAGAAUACUAUUAGUUUUGAUGAGUGCUGCGCCGAGAGUUAAGACAAUAAUGUUCCAGAAGUAAAGGAAUGACUAUUUUAGAUUGGGUGGUGAAGAUAGGCUUCUCAAAGAGAGGCAGUUGGGGUUGAGAUCAGAAUAGCGCAAAAAAAAAAAAAAAAAAAAAGCCAGUCAUGUGAUGACUCAAGGGGUCAGCUGAGCUUCCAGAUGUGAAACAGAAAAGGCAAAGGCCUUACUUAGGGCAGGAAGGAGCUUGGUGUGGCCUCUGAGCAGAGAGAAGGCAGCAGGGCCCUGGACAGAACUGGGAAGGGGAAUGGGUCUGAGCUGAGCUGGGGAGGCAGAGCCUGGUCCGUGAAAGGCAGUGUGGGAAGCGUGGGUUGAAGUUUAGUGAGUCAAGAACUUUUUGUGGUUUAGUUGGGAAGAAUUGGAUAGCUGUGGAGCAUUUGUUGCAAAUACAGCCGUCUUGGAUAGAUGGUUUUGGUUUUGCAGCAUGGGAAAGGCUGGGUGAAGGAAAUUGUGAUUAAGGAGCAUUCCCAGGUUUUUUGAGAUUAAGGAAAUAGGUAAAUGGUAUGCCUUUUUCUGACUUGGACAGUAUUUGGGAAAGUACAGUUGAGGGAACUGCAGGACUAUGAAGAGUUUUGUUUUGACUAUGUUAGGCUUGAAAGGUUCAUUAGACUGCAGAAUGGAGGUGUUAAGUAAACAGUUGGAUAUAUGAAUAUCAAUUUCCUUAUUCAGCAAAUAACCUUUUUAAAAUAUAAUCACUAAUGCACUGAUUUUCUUGAGAAGUAUUUCUUAAAGCACUUCUCAACAAGUAGAUAUAAACUAAUCAAAGUCUGCUUUAAUCUUUACUUUUCAGUUCCCCAGAUUAAUGUCUGGCCAAAAAAAAAAAAAAGCUAGACAUAAAAGAAUGCAUAAAAUAUGAUAAUGUAAUUUCACUUAUAUGAAGUU